AUGGGUGCCGGUAAAACCGCGGUUAACCGCCGAUUUUCUUGCGGUUUUUAUUACAUGGGACAGCAACAACAUCAAAUGAUCACAAUAAUGACUAAUAGUAUAAAACAAAUAAUUUUUUUUACAUGCUCGACAACAACAACAAUUUGUAAUGCAAUAAAUAAAAUAAAAACUAAUUGUAAUCAUUAUGAUGAUGAUAUACAACAAUUAAGAAAUCAAGCUAAAUCUUCUUUUUCUAAACACAUCAACUCAUUAGAACAAUUAGUUCAUAAACAAACUGAAACAUUAAAUAAAGCAUUAGAAGGAGCUUUUCCAACGGAAGAUCGUCUUCGCUCUAUUUCAUCACUACCUAAUUUAGCCAAAGUUUUUGAAAAAAUAAUAGCUGAACGUAUAGAAAAAUGGUGUAAUGAUCAAGGAAUCUAUGUAGACGAGCAAUCAGGGUUCAUCACAAACAGACAAUUACAAACAAGAAUUCUUGCCCUACUUGAGGAUCUCAAAUUGACAGUAGCAGCUCUGAAUAGACCUGCACUUACAAUAUUUAUAGACAUUUUAACAGCUUUUGAUCGUAUGUGGUAUCCUGCUCUAAUGAAGUCUCUUGAGAAAUUAAAUAUGCCAUUAGAAUUGAGAAAAUGA